AUGGCCGCUUCGUCUUUGUCUGCGCUUCUGAAGAAGUCCACCCUCGACGAUCAUGAACAAUUAUUAGCAGCAAGCAAUAAGGCUCUCAAGGCUUCAAGUACCGAUUCCGAAGCGCAGCUUGUCAAAGUAGUCGCACUCCUCAAACUUGAUCGAUACGAGGAGGCGGUCCAAUUCAUUCAGGGUGCGGGAGACUCGUUUCAAAAAGAGGUGCAACUAGAAUAUGCAUAUGCCCUCUACAAAACCGGCCAGUUGGAAGAAGCGGCUACCCUUGCUGCUAAGUCUCAGAGACCUGGUGCUCAGCAUGUCGAAGCUCAGGCACGAUACCGCCUUGAAGAUGCUCUGCGCACCUCCGACCUCUACAAGCGCAUCCGCAGUCAAUCCUCCGAUUCAGAGGACUACGACCUACGAGUCAACCAAGGGGCCAUCGAUGCACAAGCACAGUGGUUAGGUGUUGCGGAUCCAAGAACCAUAUCGAGACCAAGCAGGGAGGAUCUGGAAGCCUUUGAGACUACAUACAAUGCUGCUUGUGGCAGCAUUGCAAGAGGAGAACUAGCACAAGCCGAGAUCCUGCUGAAGCGGGCAAAAGGACUGUGCAAGCACUCGGAAGACUUGUCAGAAACACAGAAGCAAGAUGAGCUGCUGCCGAUCACAGUCCAACAGAUUUAUGUUCUACUAUCACUGGGGAAGACCGCCGAUGCUGAAAGUCUUGUCAAGGAAAUCAGCAUUGAAAAUGCCUCGGAUUUGUCGACAAGAAAGAUUGGCCAAAACAACAUUCUACUAGCCUCUUCAAUGGACAAUCCUUUUGCUGCUCACAAAGCAUUCAACUCUGUCAAAGAAGUACCACAAGAUGAUCGCCUUUUUUCCUACCAAAGUAUUCCCUUGGAAUCUAAUAAGGCAGCCCUAGACCUUCAAAGCUUCAAAUACGAUGGCAUCAUCUCAUCCACCUCUAAAAUUAUCAGCAAGCAUCCAGCACCGACUUUAUCAACCCCGGUAGUGCUAGCAUCACAGUUCAAUGCCUCAGCGCAUGCCAAGGAUAGCACGGGAAGGGAAGCCAUCAAGAAAAUACUACCUGAAUUGAAGAAGCGACCAAGCGACGUGGGCCUGGUCAUCACCCUGGCUCAACUAUACGUCUUGGUUGGAGACAACACGUCCGCCGUCGAACUGGUACAAACCUUUUUCCAAAACCUGGAAAAAUCUGGAGCAGGAAAUGGUCAAGACAUUAGAUUUCAUCCUGUUCUUACAAGCUUAUAUAUCAGCUUACUCAGAACACGGGGUCAGAAAUCACAGAUCAAGCAAGAGCUUGCCAAAGCCGCGGCGCACUGGCGGACCAAGUCCGACCCAGCAGUUGGGCUACUCACAGCAGCUGGAGUAUCACUUCUCGAGUCCCAGAAUGAGGAAGAUAUUAAGGCGGCUGGUGAGAUAUUUGAGAAACUCCGAGAGCAGCUCCCAGAAGAUAAAGCGACCAUAGCGGGAUAUGUAGCAUCUCAUGCCCACGGCGAUUCCGAAGCCAUCAAGGUGGAUGCGGACAACCUGACCCCGACAUCUGAACUCAUUCGGAACAUUGAUGUCGAUGCUCUAGAAAAGACGGGCAUUCCACAGUCAUCAAAUGCGCUCGCCAUUGCACAAUUGACUCGGACCAAGAAACGGGGCGCUGCAGAUGGCACGAGCUCCAAACCCAAACGAGUUCGCAAAUCCAAACUGCCCAAAGAUUUCGAUGCAACCAAGAAAGUCGACCCCGAGAGAUGGCUUCCACUCAAGGACCGUAGUUACUAUCGGCCGCCUAAGGGCAAGAAGAAAGGUAAGCGUGGGGGCGAUGAUAAAACUCAAGGCGGUGUGGUCAAUGAAGAUCUCAACAUUGAUGCAAAGCCUUCUGCCGGCGUCGUCACUAGUGGUACUGGGGGUGGAGGAGGCGGCAACAAGAAGAAGAAAGGCAAGGGGAAGAAGUGA